AUGGCGGCCGUGGCAGCGAGAAGUGCAAUGGUCCUGCGUGCAAGUAUUAAUCGGCCCGUCGCCUUUGUUAGAAAAAUUCCUUGGACCGCUGCGUCGAGUGAGGUGAGAGAACACUUUGCACAGUUUGGCCAUAUACGAAGGUGCUUCAUACCUUUUGACAAAGAGACUGGCUUUCACAAAGGUUUUGGUUGGGUCCAGUUUUCUACAGAAGAAGAACUUCAGAAUGCACUACAACAGGAAAAUCACUUCAUUGAUGGAGUAAAGCUCCAUGUUCAAGCUCAAAGACCAAAAGUUUUGCAUGGCGAUCAAACAUCUGAUGGAGAGAAAGAUUUUUAAGACCAUUCCUGCAUAUUAAAUA